CCUCCGCCUUUUUCUUUUUCUCUACUGGAAACUCUUGACGUCACGGGCCUGAGCGAUUCUGGAGUCUCGGUUUGCUUUUUUGACUGUACGCGCCCGUGUCUGUGUGGGAAACCAGUGCAACAGGAAGCAAUUCAGAGUCAAGACCAGCCGCACACAGAGAGACGCUACUGUGUUACCAUAUAUUAAUGCAACAUGGACUGCAGAUUAAUACGACGCUUCAACAUGGAGCUGGGAUUGCGUUUUCAAACGGAGUACAGUCUCAAAUUCCUAUCCCAGGGGCAGUCCAUGAGAAUAUAACCUGGUGCGGUUACACCUAUUAUUAUUAUUAUUAUUAUUAUUAGUCAGCGACUGCCUGGAUCGAUAUCGUUGUUUUUUUUUCAUAAACAGUUUGAACGGCAAACUGCAAUAGAGUACUAAUGGACACAACUUGGUUUUAGUGCCAUGGACCCCUCGGUCACGCUGUGGCAGUUCCUCCUGCACCUCUUGGACGACCCCGGCCGGCAGCACCUGAUCACCUGGACGUCCUCCGACGGGGAGUUCAAACUGCUGGAUGCCGAGGAGGUGGCCCGGCUAUGGGGACUGCGCAAGAACAAACCCAACAUGAACUACGACAAGCUGAGCCGGGCGCUGCGCUAUUACUACGACAAGAAAAUCAUCAAAAAGGUAAGCGGGCAGAAGUUUGUCUACAAGUUCGUGACCUAUCCAGACCCCGUUGCCUUGGAGACCAUGAAAGAGGAGACAAACAGACAGGAGAAUCUGCUGGUCCUAAAUCUGGCGGAUGGCGGUGAGGGUCACGUUCAGAGAGGCUCUGUUGGCACCAAUGCCAACGCCCCACAGAAGAGCAGCCGGAACGACUACAUGAGAUCAGGUCUCUACUCCACCUUCACCAUCCAGUCCCUGCAGUCACCCAGCAAGCCAGCCAGGGCGAUCAAAACGGAGAGCCCCCAGCCCGUCAAACACAAGACCCCUCCGCCCAGCACAGGCAUCCAGCAGUUACCGGAGGUGUGGGUCCACUCGGAGGGUUCCCCAUGUGGUCUGGAUUCAAGACCCCUGGAUGAACCCUUGACCCUGCAGGUGAUCGUGACUCAGCCCUCCCCCUCGUCCACCCCCUCGCUCAGCCCUCAAGCCCAGCUGGAGAUCACCCCGAAGGAUCCCGGGACGUCCGACCCUCUUCCGAUUUUCACCAGCAGCGUCUCCGAUGCCUCCUCCAAGCUGCAGGCUCCUGGGGGCGCUGUGGAGGUCCCGCAGCAACACCAGAUCAUCGUGGUGAUCCAGCCCUCUCCCCCGGACACCGGAGAGGGGAGCCAGUCAGCAGGAGACUGCAUCCUGGAGAUCGUGCCUGUGGAGCAGCCCGAGAUCCCGCCUGAAACGGCAGCGGAGAACACGGGGCUGCCCACACCGACAGGGGAUGUGCCUGAAAACACACCCGACAAGGGUGAGCCGAGAGCGGGGCAAACCGAGGAGAAGGAGAAGGGAGAACCGGGAGGUGGUUCCGGCAAAUCUCAGGCCGCUGCUGCCCCAGCCACUGGCCCUGAAGUCCAGCCUCCCAAAGCCAAGAAGCCCAAAGGCCUGGAGCUGCCCUCCUCACCCACGCUUCUGCCCUGCGGACUCACUCAGGACAAGGUCAACGCAGCGGUCAACAGCCUCCUGGCAGCGGGCAGUGCUGCCAACACCCUCACCCCCACUGUCAUCACCUCUCAUGCACUGACCCCAGUGUUGCUGACCCCCAGCCCCCUCCCCUCGGCUAUCCACUUCUGGAGCACGCUCAGUCCCAUCGCACCACGCAGCCCAGCCAAGCUCUCAUUCCAGUUUCCCACCAAUGGAAGCAACCAGGUCCAAAUCCCUACCCUCAGUGUGGACGGUCUCUCCACGCCUGUGGUCCUCUCUCCAGGUCCUCAAAAACCGUGACACCCCCUGGGGAGGUGGGGGGGUGUGUGUCUGGCGGACUUAACCUUUCGCGCUCCUCAGAUCCUGUCUUGGGAUCGGGAACGCUGUCGAGUUUAACAAGAGAUUUUCAGCGGAUUUCUCAAAGAACUUGUGAGGAAAUCGCAGAGAAAGUCUUAGUUCUUUACCUGGUUUUUUCUCCCUGAAGUUUGUGGCUACCAAAGCGACCGCGUAGGGCUACGGUGGCCAGUGAAAGGCGGAGCAAUUUUGGCUCACGAAUGUACCUUUUUGAAGAUUUUGUUUGCUUUCUCAAAGCGCAAGGGCCAGAUUUAAAAAAAAAACAAGUUGUUGCUGCCUAGUCUUUUAAAUGGGCUGCCUAUUUUUAUUGUUCCAUUUAUUUUCAGAAAGGAGAAAUGUUUUUUUGAAAGAAAGUUUGCUUUUUAUUUCCGGUGAUCUGCUGGUUCAAUUUGAACGGCACACCCAGAGGGUUAACAUGGAUGUAUUUUUUGAAGUACUUGAGAGUCCACAAUUGUUGAUUUUUUUACUCAUGGGAAAAAAAAACUAUUUUUAAUUCUUUCAUUCGAUUUCCAAAAUACCUUUGGGAUUAUACAGGAUCUGGCAACAAAGCCCAACAAAUCCGACCUCAAUUCCAAUCCCAUUCUGGGAAAACAUGGAUUCGUUCUGUUUUCUUAAUCUUACAGCGCCAUCGGAUCACAGGGAAGCCGGGUUCUAAACCUUGAAAUUCCCAAAUGGGAUUCCGUGGAAUUUUAAAACCCCCAAAAAUUCCGUAGAUUCCUGACCACUUUUUUUUUGGGACGAAAUCCUACAGAUUAUAUUUUAUUUUUUAAAAGAAAAAAAACAGACAAAUUGAAUUUAAUCUGGGCCUAUCAGGAAAGGGCUACAUUGUAUGUGUACAACCAAAUACCAAUUCACAUCAGCCACUUAGGCUUAAGCCUACUAAAUCAACAAAACUCUGGAAUUUGAUUUUUUUAUUGUCUGUUUUGUAAAUGUUGCUAAAGACCAGAGUUUCGUUGUGGCAGCACUAACAGGAGCAUGAUCAUUUUUGAAGAGGGAUAUUUGAAUAUGUGUUUGUGGUUGAUUUGUUAAGAAACGUUUAUGGGAAAGCAGAAAGCAGUAUGGGGAAAGAUGAGGGUCGAUUUCCCUCUACAAACCUCUUCUGGAAUAUGGUUUGAAAGUCUGAUUUUAAACUCAGUGGGAAUCUAACUGCAGUCCAGCAAAAAAUCCUGUGAUGAUCAAAUGAUCAAAUUUGAACAAUUCCCAGCUAGAACUUAAUUUUGAUUGAUCACAAGCCUCUAUCCAAGUAUCCCAGUGCUUUACGCGUUCCUGCGAUGGUCAGGUAGUUUAUUUCCUCUGUCCAAAGUCAUUUAAUAGUUUACUGUUACCUGGUUUUAUAUUCAUAGUGACGACCCUCCAGGGGCGUUUAAGCAUCAGUAAUAGCCUUUUUUAAAAUAUUGUUGCAAUUUCCGAUUCACCUGUCAUGGUUUGCACACGUUACAGGUGAACGCACUCAAAGCAAAAGGAUUUUGCUGUCAUUGAAAUAAAACGUGGUCUUGCCUUUUAUGAACUUUCUUAGCAUUUCCACAGCUCUCUCAGUCAUUGUGUGUGUUUCCUUGUCUAAAGGAAGUGAUGCUGUCUGAACAGCCUCCCUCUGCUCUGUGCUGGUGGAGCAGAGAAAGAGAAAGGGAGGCUCUUAUACUCUCUGAAAAGCCUCCAUCUGCUCUGUGCUGGUGGAGCAGAGUAAGAGAGGCUCUUAUAUUCUCUGAACAGCCUCCCUCUGCUCUGUGCUGGUGGAGCAGAGAAAGAGAAAGGGAGGCUCUUAUACUCUCUGAACAGCCUCCCUCUGCUCUGUGCUGGUGGAGCAGAGAAAGAGAAAGGGAGGCUCUUAUACACUCUGAACAGCCUCCCUCUGCUGUCUGCUGGUGGAGCAGAGAAAGAGAGGCUCUUAUACUCUCUGAACAGCCUCCCCCUGCUCUGUGACUUUCACAAGCAAAAACGUUACACUCUAAAAAAAUAACUACCUACACUAUCGAAUGAUUCAGAGAGGAGUGGAAAUUAUAGCCAUGUUAUUUCAGAAUGUUUGCAAGUAGUACACCUUUAAUGGAAAAUAUUACAGAUGAUAUAUUAUCAAAAUGCUGCCUCAAAAUUAUUAUCUAUUUUGUAUUCUGACAAAGAGUUACAGGUGCUUUAAAACCUUUGAAUGGCUGAUGUCUUAGGGAAAGGUUCCCUAUAUUUACAAGAAGUUGCUAGCCUUAAAAUUGUUUUAUUUAAGCACUUCAUGUGAAAUUGUUCAAAAAAAAAAAAAGGUAACAGACACUAACUGAUAGAGAAAGAUAUAUAUGUAUAUAUUUGAAACUGCCUAUUUUUUUGUACAAAGAUUUAACUAAAAUCUGUGAUCUCUACUUUAAAGAGCUUUAUAGAGACGGAUGCUGAAUUGUACAAAUUUAAUUACAAAAUAAAUUCUAUUCUUGAAAUGAAAAACAGCUUUUAUUCCAAGAUUUUAUAGCAGAUGUAUUUACUCUCAAAUUUGACUAUGAUACAAAAAAAAGUGUCACAAGCUGUAUUUUCUUUUUUAUAUAUAUAUAAAUGUAUGCUGUAUAUAAAUAUCUGUAAACAUGCUGUAUUGAAAGUAAAACCCUGAUUCGAAUGCGGUGACGGGUCCACAUGGUUUUAACCAUUUUGUGUCUCCAAGGAGAUUUGUUGGAAACAAAGUCUGUUUUAUUCAGCUGUUACUGAGUAGUAAGUCGCUUUGGAUUAAAAUGUAAAAACUGUGCAUGAGUUUACCAAUCAUUCUUGGCUCUUCUUAUGAUUACACAAGUUGAAGUUCUAGCGCCACCUAAUGGGCAGCUAGUGUACUGCCAGCAAAACUAAACUUGAUCCAAAGUAGUUGACCACUAGGUGGCACUGGUUGUUACUUGUAGAAAGACUGAUCUAGCCUGUGUUACAUAUAUCUGUGGCGGGCAAGUACAACUGAUGAGCAGAUCCUGAACUCAAAACACUUUUUUUUUUAAGGGAUCCCUGGUAAAGGUAAAGGAGGGGGGGGGGGUAAUUGGACAUUCUAAAUUGGGGAGAAAAUCGGGUAAAAUGAUUGGGCACGCUAAAAUAAAAAUAAAAAAAUAAAACUGAAAAAUAAGAAUGAUUGUGAACAUCAUAAAAAGGGUAACAGGACAAUGAAAAAGAUAUAUUGAAUCUGCUCAGAAGCGAGUUGCAUUACUGAGUUUGCUGAGAAUCUCACAGAGCGUCUCCCUGUGAUUAGUUUAAAAAGGGCGUGCAGUGAUUUAUUGCUAAAGUGCAUUCAUAAACCUGCCAGAUUUCUUUUGUUCUGCAGUCUCCUGAGGGCGAUAAAAGUAUUUCAACCUUGAGUUCUUA